AGGAAGAUGGAGAUAGAUAAUAUCGACGUUGCGAAUAAGAAGACCUUAGAGGAGUUUAUUGGGGACUAUUUGCCUCCAAGCAGCGAAGAAUGGAAAACCUGGAAGCACCCUGUGACUGAAGACGAGUACGAGAUCACGUUAUCAACAGCCACAGCGUUGUCCGAUGUAGAUUUUGAUGCAUGUUUCCGGCUUAUCGAACUCACCAGCUCCGAAGAUUACAAAAAGUCGAGAAGUGGCUGGAAACCGCGUUCCAAACGGAAGGAGAUGAAACUUCUUGAUCUGAAAUACUUCCUGGUCAAACACGACGAUCAGAUUGAAGGAUUCGCCUCUUUCAUGCCAACUUACGAGGACGAUUAUCCAGUGAUAUAUUGCUAUGAGAUCCAUCUUUCACCGGCUUUGCGGGGCACGGGUCUUGCGGCAGUCUUAAUGAAACAUUUGGAAGUCAUUGGCUCGAAGAUACCUGGAACUGCCAAAACGAUGUUGACAUGCUUCACCAGCAAUGCACGAGGCAUCAGAUUCUAUACCAAGUUGGGCUAUUCCAAGGAUGAAUACUCUCCACCGCCCAGAAUGCUUCGCAACGGGACCAAAGUCGAGGCCGAGUACGUUAUCUUGAGCAAAGUUAUUUCACGAUAA